UGACGCCAGGCUUCUUCAGAUUAGCCAGCAUCGUAGAAAUUUAGCUAGCAGCUAAACCAACAGCAGUUUAAUUAACGCUACCAAAGUAACCAGUGAGAGUGAUAACCUGUGGCCAUGGCAUCUGUUUUAGAUGCUCUCUGGGAAGACAGAGACGUUAGAUUCGACAUAACAGCGCAGCAGAUGAAAACUCGUCCAGGAGAGGUGUUGAUAGACUGUCUGGACUCCAUAGAAGACACGAAAGGAAACAACGGAGAUAGAGGACGACUGUUGGUAACAAAUCUGAGGAUCAUUUGGCAUUCUCUGGCCCUGCCAAGAGUCAAUUUGUCUGUGGGUUACAACUCAAUAAUUAACAUCACAACAAGGACAGCUAACUCAAAAUUGAGAGGUCAAACUGAAGCACUCUACAUCUUGACGAAGUCCAACAACACAAGAUUUGAGUUCAUUUUCACAAAUGUGGUUCCAGGAAGUCCACGGCUCUUUACUUCUGUCAUUGCUGUACACAGGGCCUAUGAGACAUCUAAAAUGUACAGGGACCUCAAACUGCGAGCUGCUCUCAUUCAAAAUAAGCAGCUGAGGCUUUUGCCCCGGGAACAAGUGUAUGAUAAAAUUAAUGGAGUGUGGAAUUUAUCCAGUGAUCAGGGCAAUCUUGGGACUUUCUUUAUCACAAAUGUUCGGAUUGUGUGGCAUGCCAAUAUGAAUGAGAGCUUCAAUGUCAGCAUUCCUUACCUCCAGAUUUGGUCUAUCAGAAUAAGAGACUCAAAGUUUGGCUUGGCUUUGGUGAUAGAGAGUUCACGUCAGAGUGGUGGCUAUGUGCUUGGAUUUAAAAUUGACCCUGUGGAUAAGCUUCAGGACGCACUUAAGGAAAUCAACUCAUUGCAUAAGGUGUACUCUGCAAACCCUAUCUUUGGAGUGGACUAUGAAAUGGAAGAAAAGCCCCAGCCACUGGAAGAACUCACAGUGGAACAACCUCCUGAUGAUGUGGAAAUUGAGCCCGAUGAGCAGACUGAUGCUUUCACCGCGUACUUUGCUGAUGGCAAUAAGCAACAAGACCGUGAGCCAGUGUUCUCUGAGGAGCUGGGCCUCGCCAUUGAGAAGCUAAAGGAUGGCUUCACGCUUAAUGGACUGUGGGAAGUCAUGGGCUGAAGUAAUGUACAUUUAUAUAGUGUAAUUAUCCAGGAAAUAAUUGAUGUAUUUAUAGCUCAGGUUAAAAGUUGUACAGCUUCCGCAUACAUACUUUUCAUAAUAAGAAAACACUAUAUUGCAUGUGUGACAGAUUAAUUGUGGGAUAAUUUAUAUGUAAAGUAUAUUUUCUUCCAGUGGAUAGAAUGUGAAAUAUAAUGCAGUUUGUAUUGUUAAAAGUUAAUAAAUAAAUGUAUUUAAAUAGA